AGAGCGGCCCCUUCACGCGCUGCUGCUGCUGGAGGCGCUCUUGGGCUCCUCCUUGCCAAGCUCCCUCCCUCUCUCCCUCCCUCCCCUCGCGCUCGGAGCGGGAGGCUUCUCGGGGUGCCCUGGGGCCGCGGCUGAGGCGCCCGAAGGCCCUGCUUACCCCAGCGGCCUCCUCCUCGCGUCCAAGAUGUCGCAGACAGCCAUGUCCGAGACUUACGAUUUCCUGUUUAAGUUUUUGGUAAUUGGAAAUGCUGGAACAGGCAAAUCUUGUUUGCUUCAUCAGUUUAUUGAAAAGAAAUUUAAGGACGACUCAAAUCAUACCAUAGGAGUUGAGUUUGGCUCGAAAAUCAUAAAUGUAGGGGGCAAAUAUGUAAAACUACAGAUAUGGGAUACAGCUGGACAAGAACGUUUCAGGUCUGUAACACGAAGCUAUUACAGGGGUGCUGCAGGUGCCUUGCUUGUUUAUGACAUUACCAGUCGAGAAACCUACAAUGCUCUUACUAAUUGGCUGACUGAUGCAAGAAUGCUGGCAAGUCAAAAUAUUGUAAUAAUACUGUGUGGGAAUAAAAAAGAUCUUGAUGGAGAUCGGGAAGUCACUUUCUUGGAAGCAUCUAGGUUUGCUCAAGAAAAUGAGCUGAUGUUCUUGGAAACAAGUGCAUUGACAGGGGAAAAUGUUGAAGAGGCCUUUGUACAGUGUGCAAGAAAGAUACUUAAUAAAAUUGAGUCAGGAGAACUGGAUCCAGAAAGGAUGGGCUCAGGUAUUCAGUAUGGAGAUGCUGCCUUGAGACAGCUGAGAUCUCCACGAAGAGCACAAGCCCAGAGUGUUCAAGAAUGUGGUUGUUAGAAGCAGAGAACAAAUGAAGCAUUCGCCUUAAGAAAAAGGCUGUCUUUGCAAAUGAGGUUUCAUUAAACAACUGCCAUGGCUUCAAGGCUCUGCAAUUUUAGAACUUCUUUUUGAUUCAACCAAGGAGACUACGUAUGGUAUUUUUAAAAAAGAAAAAGUACUGUGGAAUGGUUUCCAGAAAUGUGCACUUGAUAUAACAAGACUGCAGAAAAGAAAAUCUGAUAAUUCAGUGGACAAUACUGAAAUGCCUGUAUGUAAAUGUUUUCUGUUACAUGUUUUUGUUAUUUCUGUAUUCUGUGUAUAUAAAAUGUCACCAUUAAAUUUCCAAAGCAUGAUAUACUGACAUAAUAUUGCACUAACAGUUGUUUGUUUUUGUUUUUUUAAAAAAACUAAAAUUUUAACUUUGAUAGGCACUAUCAUGUUUUUGGUCUUUUUGUACAAUGGCUUCUAUUUAUGAGUUGACAUUGAAAGCUACUGGCAUUGAUUGUCAGUGUUUUAUUUGCCACAUUUUAUAAGGCGCUUACAUGAUUUAUUUUUUGAAAAUGGUUAGACCAAGUUUAUCUUGAGAAGAUAGUUUUUUUUUAAUUGAAACAUAGCUGUCCUUUAACAUAUUUCAAUCAUUUUGUCAAGUAUAGGCUACAAAAUACACUUGUGAACUCUGAGAGCUUACUGCUGUCGGAUAUUGCCUUGGGAAAUUCUUAUUUUCUAGAUUGUAUCUCAGACAGUGCGCUUUGGGUGGAAGAUAAUGCAUUCUUGUUUGGCUGUUCUGUAGCUGAAUUUGAUGUUGUCAAUCACUAUUAUGAUUUUUUUUUUAAUUAAAACUUCUAUAUAUAAGACUUCUUUCAGGUUAUAUACUCCUCUGAAAAAAGAAGCAACUUAUGAAAACAAGCUCACAUGCAUUGAAGAGGACAGUUUCUAAAUCUAAUGAGUUUACAAAAUGUGCUCAACUUUCCGUACUCUGUAAUCUAGAAAUACUAUUCUUUAAAUGAUAGGUAUUGUCUAGAAAAUGGACUCAAACCUGCACACUCUUUCCAUGCCACUGUGAAAGAAAAGCCACCCUCUGCUUCCAAGAUAUCUAAUAAGAAAACUAUGAAUCAUAUAGAUCCACCUGUAAAUAUGAAGUCCUGUUUUUGGUAGUUAUAUGUGUGCAAUAAAAUGAUCACUUACAUUUAUUUCUGUCAUAUUAAAAAAAUCUGAAGGUGACCAUUUGUAGUGUGAGUCAACUGAUGGUCAUAAUAUAGGUAAACAUGGAACCUCAGAGCUGGAAGUGGUUAUUUAUGAUUCCUGAGGUGCUGCUUUGGCACACUGAUCUUGGUUGAAAACAUCUUGUAUAUUUAAAUUGCUGUAUUGAUACAGGUUUUUGGCUGGUUCUAUUUGGAAGGAGUAUGAAAUUUUAUAUGACUGUCAACUAAGAAUUUCAUCAGCCUAGGCCUAAAGUAGAGAAGAUCAUUCCUAGCUAGGAUAAAUUUAGCCAUCACUAAGUAUAUAACUAUCCAAAAUGGAAACCGUGAAUUUGAUUAUAAUUUGGUUUUUUAACAAAAUUAUUGUUCAUCUCUAUUUCUAAGGUUGUUUCCUUCCCUUUCGAAUUAAAAAGGAAGAUAUACAGAAAAGGCAACAAAUGAGUUGGUCAUUAUUUCUCAAAGAGUGCUGUUUCUCAACCAAUCAUGUCAUUAAUGGCAGUUGAUUAGCGAUCAAUUAAUUUGAAGUCACAAAAGUCUGAAAAUGCAGACAAAAUAGCCAAAUUUACUACAGAGAACAGAAUUUCAGUAAAAGUUCUAGCAGUCAUAUGCCAAAUUAAGUCGAAUAACAAAAGCCAACCAGAUGCUAAGAGUGGAAUUUGGCAGCUUUCAAGACAAAAGUUGCACCAGUCUUAUAGGAGAUCUGUAGUUGAGACAGAAUUACAGUAGGCCCAAACAACUUAAUUUUCACUGGCAGAGGCACCUAGAGCAAAGAGACUCGUGGUUACCUGAGCUUUUAUAAAGGAGCAGGACAUUCUUCAAAAUGUUUUCUUGUUGUAUUUCAGCAAUUACACGUUAAGAGAGAAGUCAUUUUUAUCUUUCACAGUGUUGAAAGUUUAACAUUGACAUGAUUGGAAUGAACUGAUUGAAUAAGCUGCAAACAGGUUGUUCGUUAGAAUGGAAAAUGUACAUUUGAGUGGUCUGAGAUCAAUGAAAACCUUCGUUGUAAGUGGAAAAAUCAUUGCAAAAUUAAUAUGGAAUGCACUAUAGUGUUGUAAUUGAUGCGUACGGGAUUGGAGAUUCCAAUUUAAAGGAAAACAAUGAAAUCAAAGUGGCUAGCAUGCAGUCUCUGUAUUGGUGUUAUUUGGUACACUGCAUGGAUGUAUAAGGUAUACAGCAUAGAUAUUUUGUGAUAAAUAGGAAUUAAUUUCAGGGAAUAUUCUAUGUGUGACAUUUUUAUAAUGUCCUUUCUAUUCCUACAUCUACUCAUAUCAAAAACAAUUCCAAAGACGCUUGGAGGGCAGGCAUCCAUCUAAGAUUUGGCUCUAGCUAGCAUUCUCAGUAUAAGUGGAAAGCUUCAUUGACUCUACUCCUCCCAUCCCUCAGUUUUUAAUAGUUAUAAAUUUCACAUAACUGUCUUUUAAUUGAAGGAAAUUUAAAGGGUGUUGUCAUGUACUCUUAAUUUAGAAGAAAUUAGUAGCUUAGUAUUAAAAAGGGUACUACAUUGCAGUUGUCCUAGAACAUGCUGUUACUUUUACUUUUGUUCUGUAACACAUUCUUCUCACCUUCUGUUACAAUAGUACUUCCUAUGUGAGGUGACAUAGAGCAAAGAGUAUGUUCUCUCUUAGUCUUAAAACAUAGUGCAUACUGAGAAGCUAAAGUGCCAUGCAAUUCUACUAAGUAAAUGAGGGGUAGUGAAAGCAGAACAGAUCAACAUAGAUUUCAAAUGCUACUACACAGAAGCUAGCCUGCUUUUCUUUUUCUAGUACUCUGUUGGGCUGGAGAACUCAGGACAUCUUGCCUUAAUGCUUAUGUAGAUAGAUUUUGGUUCUGUGCAUUACUUCUGAGAGAAUCCUGUUUCCUCUGUUUUUUCCCUCCUUUAUUUUAGUGCAAAAGUAGCUCUUAUUAGUUUUCCUCCCUCACAAUUAAGAAAUGGCUGUUUCCUAAUUUUUACCCAAAAAACAUCUUAACUGGUAUUAAAAGACAUUUUUAAAAUUAUGAUUUUUUCCAAAAAUGACAUGCAAUUGCCAGAAUGCUUUUGGUGUAUUACACUAGAUCAGUGGUUCUCAACCUGGGGUCCCCAGAUGUUUUUGGCCUACAACUCCCAGAAAUCCAGCUAGUUUACCAGCUGUUAGGAUUUCUGGGAGUUGUAGGCCAAAAACAUCUGGGGACCCCAGGUUGAGAACCACUGCACUAGAUAGUGGCAGCAGGAGAAAGAAUGCUGUGAAUAUGAACCCUGCACAGUAGAGGAGGCAUUCGAGAAACUGACUCUUAGGAACCAACAGAUUUGACUGGCUUUCCUCAUCAUCAGUGUAUACCCCUGGAAAAAAGACAGCCACUUACAUACACAAUUUUAGGAAACAGCCAUCUAAGUCUUCAGUCGUAUACCGUGUAUCUGAAUGGAAUGCCAUCCUGAUCACCGAGGCAUUAAUCCUUCUGUAUAAAUGUAUGUAUUUCAACCUUUGGCUCUCCAAUCUUUGGGGAGGGGGGGGGGGUUUGACUCACAUCUCCCAGAAUCCCCAAGUAUUGGCUAUGUGUAUUGGGGCUUUUGAUAGUUAAAAACCAAAACAUUUGGAGAACUGUAGAUCUUGUAGUAUAAGGACAGGAAACCUUGCUUGUUACAUCUACACACAAUUCUUACAUGUUCUCUGCAAGCUCAUGUAAAUGCAAGGAUGGGAAGAACAUGCAUGGGAAAUUUUGGUAUGAGAAUUGUUUGUUCCUGUCCCAUUUGUUUCCCCUAAAAUAGACUUCAUAGAGCUUGGCUUGGGAGCUAGUUGAGGAAAGCCAGAAAUGUAACAUUUCCUGCAAAUGCCUCCAUUUCAUUUUUGUAGGGGAAACAUGGGGUUGGGAUCCCUAUGCUUCCCUUGCAGGAUAUAAUUCCAUCCUCAGGGCUGUAAAAUGGCAGCUGCAAUCCAGCAAACUGUUGCUACAUGCACUGUCAGUUUGGGUAUGACUCAAAUGUGCUAGACUGCUGUCUUUGUUCAAUACCCGAAGCUUGAAGCAGAAUUAUUGAGUCACAAGAUAAUAUGUAUUUGUUUUUAGAGUUUAACUAUUUCUAAAAAUAAAAGUGUAUUUAUAUAAUAUUCGAAUUCAUUAACACAUUCAAAAUGCAUGGUUUCUUUACUGUAAAGUUUUUAUUAUGCUGCUUAAUGUCACCUGAGGAAUGUUAUUGAAAGUAAUGAAAUAAAAGGUUUUCUGCAAA